AAUUCAUCAUCCAGGGGCUCCUCUGAUGAUGAUAAGCGCUGCACAGCUGUGACAGACAAAUUCGUAUUUUACAGCUUUCCUGCAUCGUUUGUGAGAUUUUAAAUCAAAAUUCCUUCGGCUGAAUUGUUGGAAAAGCGAACAAAUAACUGAGUGAAACAGAUCACAAGACUUCAAUCAGUUUGUAAACUACAAGAAUGGUCAAGAUGAUCUGGGCUCUGUGCUUGCUUUGUGUGGCUGGGGGUUUGAGAGAAGCCCAUGCAGGUCCACUCCCGAAGACCAGCAAGGUGGAAGACGAGGCUGCACCGCUGGAAGAAGUCAAUGUGCUGAUGUUUGGUGUCAUACAGUUCAGCGAAUCCCUAAAUUACAUUUAUGAAACAACUGCUGCAAAGAUUGGGAAAAUCAGCAAGACGCUAAAGAGCCACGAGGGGACUCUGCAAAUGCUGGGGAAGCAGACUGAGCAGGCGGCCGAGGUGGAGAAAGAGAUGAAAGACGUGAUACAGUUGCUACAGGCCCAGAUGGCCAAGCAACAAGAUCAGACCGUGAUGACUAAAGACUGGCUGGCCAGCAUGGAGCAGGAAGAGGUGGAGCUCAAGACAAAAGUGAGGAUGUUGGAGAUGUAUCUCAACAACUUCGCACCCAACAGCAUCAAAGAGCUGCAGGAGAGAGCAGAGGAGCACUCCUACGUCUUGAAAUGUUUACAUCAUUUGACCCAGUUCCACAAAGAGAAUAUUGAGACCCAGAACGAGCAGCUCUCCAAACUACAGAGGAUGGUGAGGCGCUUGUUUGAAAACGUUUGAUGUUUGGGACUUUUUAAGUUUACGUUUAAUUUAAAUCGACAAUUUUAUCCUCCUCCUUCCAGAGUGAAGCGAUGACAUAGUUUUAAGAUUCACCACUGAGGGAUUCCUCCUCUAAGCAGCUCUGAAUGAGACGAGUCCACAUAGAUCUCAACUGUGGAACAUCACUGCACUCCCUCCCGAACCUGCUAUGUAUACUACAGAUCUAAUGUAUGACCAGAAAAUAUUUGUAUGUUUUGAUUAUAUUGUACAGCUGUCAUCUAUACUCCCCUGGCACUUAUAACUACUACAGUCUAUUGCAGCAGUCCUGCAAUAAAAUCUACCUUCAUAACAGUUAAUAUAACAAGAUAGUAGUCAGUUUAUGUUGACGUUUUAACAAGGUGUUGAUUCAACUUCUUGUAGUAAUGUUUUAAGCUGCAGUUUGUGUUUAAAUGUUUCCAUCAUUUAACACACCCCCAUUUAUAGCAUUAUAGAGGAUAUGCUCAAUAACACCAACAAGUACAUUCUCCAAAAUGAUCAUAAAGCUAAAUCCAGACCUCUCUUAAUUUAUUUCAGUAAAAACUGAACAUCAUAACAUUAUUGAAGGUAGAAUUUACUGCAGGACUGCUCAUUAGUUUUAGCUACAUGUUCGUCAGCUGAGAAUAUUUCUUAUGUAAUAUUUGUGUGUCUUUUGUUUAUCUUAACCUUGAUGCCUUUGAUAAAUGUAUUUAAUGAAAAUGCCAUUCAAAUUAAGUUGUUAAAUUAUUAGAUCAUUUAUGCCUGACAGUAUUGUGGUUCUUUUUUGUAAAACUCAAAAAUAAAAGCUUGUUUUAGCAUUUUUAGAUUUUAUACAUUUUAUAAAACAAUGAAUAAAGUUCUGUUUCAAUUAAGAA